AUGAAGGGACUAACCCUUUCCCCAGCUAACCAUUGCUUUUCUAAUCUCCCCGGCAAAAACCCAACAGAACAACAAACAUUACAAAAAUGCUCCAUCCCGAUUCAAUCCAUCAACAAAAAUCGUCGACAAUCCCUAAUUCUCCCUUCGCUCGCCGUUAAAUCCUCCCAAAACCCUCAGCAAUCGCCGGCGUCCCAGCACCACGAUUCGCCGCCCCUGGUGGUGGUCGGCUCCGCCAACGCCGACAUCUACGUCGAAAUCGACAGGCUGCCCAAGGAAGGAGAGACGAUCUCGGCCAGCAACGGCCAGACGCUCGCCGGCGGGAAGGGCGCCAACCAGGCUGCCUGCGGCGGCAAGCUUUCCUACCCGACGUACUUCGUGGGUCAGGUUGGGGAGGAUGCUCACGGGAAUUUGAUCGCUGAAGCGCUCAGAAAUGGCGGGGUGCGUCUCGAUCAUUUGAGGAACGUUGGAGAUGGUGUGCCGACUGGGCAUGCCGUGGUGAUGCUGCAGUCUGGUGGGCAGAACUCCAUUAUCAUUGUUGGUGGGGCUAACAUGAGCUGCUGGCCUGAGAAGCUGGGGGAUCAGGAUUUGGAGAUUGUGAAGAGUGCAGGGAUUGUUUUGCUUCAGAGAGAGAUUCCUGAUUCUGUCAACAUCCAAGUUGCUCAGGCAGCAAAAGAUGCUGGUGUUUCCGUAAUUUUGGACGCCGGUGGAAUGGAUACGCCUAUACCAGCUGAAUUGCUCAAAUCCGUGGACAUCUUUAGCUCGAAUGAAACUGAACUUGCUCGAAUCACUGGGAUGCCGACUGAAAGCUUCGAGCAAAUUGAAGAGGCUGUCAAGAAGUGUCACAAAAUGGGAGUCAAACAGGUGCUAAUGAAGCUUGGUUCCAAAGGGUCUGCCUUAUUUGUAGAAGGAGAAAAGUCAAUGAAGCAGCCUAUCAUACCAGCAGCAAGAAUUCUGGACACUACAGGAGCUGGAGAUACUUUUACUGCUUCCUUUGCAGUUGCACUUGUAGAAGGGAAGUCGAAAGAAGAAUGCCUGAAAUUUGCUGCUGCAGCAGCUUCCCUUUGUGUUCAAGUCAAGGGAGCCAUCCCCAGUAUGCCUGAUCGGGUGUCAGUUAGCAAUCUUCUUCGAACUGCCCAAGUUUCUUGA